GGCAGGGGGAAUCCCGCUAAGUGUUUAGAGUGUCCGCGGCGCCGCGGCCCCGGCAGAGCGCGCCACUCCUUCGUCGAGGCAGGACGUGCGCUCCAGCCCGAGCGAGCAGAGCCCCACGGGAGCCGUGCCCAGCCGGAGCCGCGUGCCCCGCGUCCUCCGCCGCCCGGGCAUCCUCCACCGCCGCCGCCUCCUCGCUCGCACCCGGAACCGCGCUCCCCGCGCCGCCACCACGCCGGGACCCUCGAACGCCGCCGCGGAGCGCGCUCGCUGCAGAGCCAACAUGCCCAUCACUCGGAUGCGCAUGAGACCCUGGCUAGAGAUGCAGAUUAAUUCCAACCAAAUCCCAGGGCUGAUCUGGAUUAAUAAAGAGGAGAUGAUCUUCCAGAUCCCAUGGAAGCACGCUGCCAAGCACGGCUGGGACAUCAAUAAGGACGCCUGUCUGUUUCGGAGCUGGGCUAUUCAUACAGGCCGAUACAAAGUAGGAGAAAAGGAGACAGAUCCCAAGACAUGGAAGGCCAACUUCCGCUGUGCCAUGAACUCCCUGCCCGACAUCGAAGAGGUGAAGGAUCAGAGCAGGAACAAGGGCAGCUCUGCCGUGCGGGUGUAUCGGAUGCUCCCGCCCCUCACCAAGAACCAGAAGAAAGAGAGAAAGACCAAGUCCAGUCGAGACGCUAAGAACAAAGCCAAAAGGAAGUCCUGUGGCGACUCCAGCCCCGAUGCCUUCUCUGAUGGGCUCAGCAGCUCCACCCUGCCUGACGAUCACAGCAGCUACACGGCUCAGGGCUACCUGGGGCAGGACUUAGACAUGGACCGGGCCCUCACUCCAGAGCUCUCAUCCUGUGUCAGCUGCCCUCUCCCGGAGUGGCAGAUGCCCGUGGACAUCAUGCCGGACAGUACCAGUGACCUGUACAACUUCCAGGUGUCGCCUAUGCCUUCCUCUUCUGAAGCAGCCACAGACGAGGACGAGGAAGGGAAACUGCACGAGGAUAUCAUGAAGCUCUUGGAGCAGUCAGAGUGGCAGCCGACACACGUGGACGGGAAGGGGUUUCUGCUCAAUGAACCUGGCAUCCAGCCCACCUCUGCCUACGACCUCAGCUGCAAGGAGGAGGCAGAGGUUGACAGCCCUGGCGGGGACCCGGGGAUGAGCGUACACCCUGUCUUCACAGACCUGAAGAACAUGGACUCCAUCUGGCUGGAUAACAUGCUCACCCCAGUCAGGCUGACUUCCGUCCAGCCCAUUCCCUGCGCACCCUAGCAGGGCCCAGCCCCGCCGACUCCUCGACAGGCAGAACCUGGCUUUCUUCUUUGGGUCAUUCACCUCGCACAGGCAGAAACUGGGCUCCUCUUAGGGGGGUCCAGCCGGCCUGCCUCCCCAGCAGAUGGGGUAUUCUGAGUUGGUGUGUCCAGUGGAGGUUGCAGAGAGCUGAGAUCCUCCUCUUCCGUCCCUCUUGAGUCCAGCUGCCUAGAGAUGCUGUCCCAGAGCCAGCCCGAGGGGCUAAACUGAUCAGAUCUGCAGACCCCAGGGCUGGCUCUGCACUAAGACGAUUGCACUAAGUGAAUCCUGUUCCCAAGGACCCGCCUCCCUUCCCAGCUGAGCCCUGGGGACUGACUGCUGAAGCCAGUGAAAUGUGAAGGAGACUGCUGGUCCUGUGGGACAGUGUUCCUCCCCCCCUGCCCCCCCCCGCCUCUGAGCGGCUCUACCCCCCGUCCCCCCUUCCCUGCAUGGGCUGAGGGGCUUGGGAAAACCAUGGCACUUUCUCUGUGGAUCAUGCCACAUGUUUGAUCAGAGGUGUACACUAACAUUUCCCCACCAAGCCCCUGGCCUUUGCAUUUAUUUAUGUAGUGCCUUGCCCCACACCUGCCCAUCCCCCACAUACCCCUCAGGUCCCAGCAGCCCUCAGCCGGCCCAGGGUGGGAAGUGUGAGCACCUUGGUGUGACUGACUUGGAAACACCAUCUAACCAGGAUCAUACUUGUAUAUAGCAUGUGUAUAUUGAUGUAAAUACAAACAUCUUUUUAUAAAAAGUUCAUUGUCACGAG